AUGGAGGAUCAAUCCAAUAUGGAAACGGGAACUCACCAUGCCGCAGACGGCGAAUUCCCACAUUCACCAUGGGUGGAAGUAGGAGCUUUCGCUUCCCCCCAGCACUCGCCUCCAAUGCCGGAAUAUAGUGGUUUUGAUUUUGGUCCACCACCCAUGAUGUCCGUGGAUUGUUCGUAUGGCAUGUCCAUCCCGCCGCAUUAUGCUACUAUGCCACUUUCACUGUCAGUGGCUCCUUCCAUGCCUUCCAUGCCUUCAUCCUGGCCUAGCAUGCUCGCAACACAUUCGCCUUUUCCCGAGUCUGUUUUGCAAAAUGUACCCGCCCCGACUUCCAUGUCGCCAACUGCUCCUGUGCAGCAAAUACGGAAGACCUCUACUGGAGGCUCUACGCCUCGCAGAACACUUACCGAUGAAGAUCGUCGGCAAAUGUGUCUAUAUCACGAGGAAAACAAGACUGCCAAACAGACUGAUAUUGGAGCGUUGUUUGGCGUGGAAAGAAGCACAGUUUCGAAAGUCUUACGCCAGAAAGAGAAGUAUUUAAACCCCGAUGAUGGAUGUCGAUCUCCUAUCAAGAGGGCCAAGGGAAGAGUCCCCGAUAUUGAAAAAGCGCUGUCCAACUGGGCGAGAAACUACCAAACCACUGGAUAUCCCCUGACCGACCAGUUGAUCAAAGAAAAAGCUAUCUUUUUCGCCAGCACCUGCGGGUGUCCAGAGGGCAAAGAAAAGGUUUGUAGUACUGCCUGGUUGGAAAAGUUCAAACAGAAGAACAACCUCCUUGGGGCAAAGGCGCGCAGAGGGUCCGUUCAAAACCGAAGCAAUUCAAACAGCCCAUCCAGGAUCAACACCGAUUUUGGAUCUGCCCUGCAAAGCCCAACAGGACGCUCGCCAACUUCUCCCGUCGCGUUUGGUUCUCCCUUGUCCCCGGGAAGCCAUGAAGGCAUCAAGCGGGACAUCACGGACGCCAUGCCUGAUCUGUACCAACAACACAGCUAUUCCAAGAGCACAGCUUCACCCGACUCAGCAGUGGGAAUGAUAAGCCCAACCUCAACCCUAGUCUCAGACAGCCCAUUUACCCCAACCAGUCAAUCCCGCCUCCCCAACAACAACCGACCACGCAGUCAAACCUUUCCCCUCCCAAUCGACCCAACACUCCUCUCAGCCGACGAACAAAUGGAGCUCCCCAAAGACGAACCCGAAACUCAAUCCGCCUCAGUCUCCACCCUGGAAUCUCCCCUGGAACUGGACGAGUCUAAGUCCUUCCUGUCCUUCAGAACCCCGAACGUCUCAAACGUCAUCAAGCGCAACCGCAGCGACCCAGAAAUAAAAGCCACUAGACCAGAACUAAAAACCAGCUGCAUGCCUCCCCCGCCGAAGUCAAGCACCAUAUCGCCAAUCAGCUCCCCAUGCUCCCCAACUCAAGACGAGGCUCGCCGCGCCCUCGAACUGGUCCUCAGCUACUUCGACCACCAGCCCGCCGGCCUGGCCGCACACGAGUACCUCACCAUGGGAAAGCUGAUGGAGAGACUCGACCUGACUAGGAGCCAGGCUGGGAUGAUGUUCAGUGGUCUGCCGCGCAUUGACGAGCACCACGACGAUGGUGGCCCGCGCUUGCGAAAGAAGCGGAGCAUCCACAACCUGGGAUGA